UGGUCGUCAUCCAUUCAAGGGAAAAUUGACGCGUGGGUCGUGCUGCUUUUUAUCGAAAAACUCAGAUUCAGUAAAAUUACUGUAUAUUCCUAUCAGCUGCACAUAGCGUCCAUGAUGGUGGAUGUAGAGGAGCUUUAUAAAUGUUAUGGUGUACUUGCUGACGCAAAGGAAAAUGCUUCUGAGCACAAAGAAGCAUAUGCAUCUAUUCUGAGUGCAUCGCAAGGAGGUCCAAAGGAGAAAAGGCUGGCUGCACAAUUUAUACCGAAAUUUUUCAAAUACUUUUUGUCCGAAGCAGAACAAGUGAUUGAUGCUCAGUUAGAUCUGUGUGAAGAUGACGACGGACUUCUUCGUAGACAAGCAAUAAAGGAAUUGCCCAACCUGUGCAGAGAUGCACCUGAUCACCUUCCACGUAUUGCUGAUGUCCUCACACAACUUCUCCAGUCAGAAGAUCAGGCGGAGUUUAAUUGCGUACAAAAUGCAUUCAUCGCAGUCUUCAAAUUAGAUGCUAAGGGUGCCAUAGGUGGUCUAUUUGCCCAAAUUUCAGCAGGAGAGGAUAUUGUACGUGAUAGAGCAAUCAAGUUCCUAAGUACAAAGGUCAAGUCUCUAGGACCAGACAUAAUAACUAAAGAUGUGGAAGAGCAUCUGAUUGAGAAAUCCAAAGAGAUCUUACACGAUGUUACUGGUGAUGAGUUUGUAGCCUUCAUGAAGUUGUUAUCAAGUUUAGCGACUAUGCAAACACUCUUGGGCCGUCAACAGCUAGUGGACAUUGCUAUCGAGCAGGCCGACCUCAAGGCUGAAUUUGUUCCAUCUGAUGCAGAUUGUGUUGAUAAACUUACCCAAUGUAUCAAACAGGCUCUUCCAUUCUUCUCAAAAAAUGUGCAUUCAACCAAGUUUUUGGAGCACAUAUCUAAUAAAGUGAUUCCGUUUCUUGGGGAGAUUGUUGGACCAGAGGGUACAGACGUUAAGUUGGAGGUUUUGAAGUUAUUUGCUGAAAUAUCUACUUACUGUGGAGAUUAUGAAGACAGGGGAUGUUUAGAGAAGGUGUACAAUGGAUUAUUGGAGUAUAUGCCCCUUCCCCCACCUGAAGUUGAGGAAGGGGAAAAUGGCAAAAUGACUGAAGAACCCAAACUACAGUUUUCAAUAGUAGAAUGUUUAAUGUAUACAUUCCAUCAAAUGGGAAAAAAAUGUCCAGACUUCUUUACAGCUGAGGAGAACGUUGACAGAUUAAAAGACUUCCGUCUACGAUUGCAGUAUUUUGCUCGUGGCAAUCAGGUGUACAUGAAGCAGCUGAGAACAGAUCUGCGAGAUAAGACUGGAGAGGACCUGAAGACUGAUGAAAACAAGAUCAAAGUUGUUGCCCUCAAAAUAACUACCAACAUUAACACCCUCAUCAAGGACUUGUUCCGUAACCCUCCGAGUUAUGGAAGCAUCAUCACAUUGUCAUGGAAACCACUGCAGAAAUCUGUAUCCGAGCAGACACAACAACAGGGUGUCAAGAGGGGAAACAUUACCCCAAUCACAUUUUCAGACUCGGGAUCUGCGAAAAAGGCAGCAGAAAGUGGAAGCAAUAAGCAACGAGGAGCACGACAGGUGUACCACCCACCCAGUGGUCGCUACAGUACAAAGGCGGGUAAUGCACCGGUAGGAGGUGAUGCAAAUUACGGCAAUAACUUCACUCAAGGUGGACAACGAAGAGGUGGUUUCAGAGCUCGAGGCUGGGGAAGAGGUCGUGGACGAGGAAAGCGCUUUUGAUCUUUAUCAGAACUAUUUGUGAUAUUAUUUAGUGUUUUUAUUGGGAAGGUAUUUUAAAAAGUGUCAUGUGCAUCACAAAACAAAUACGUUUAUGUUGAUGCAGUGUUAGUAUAAGUUGGCCAAAUAAAGUAGUAUACAUUACUUGCUGUAUGUUGUGGAAGUUAGCAAGCACAAAAAUUAAAAUCCGCUUUAUAUUGUUUGCACUAUUGUCCAUGAAAGAGAAUCAUUGGAGCAUAACGAACAUGAUAAUGUAUCAUAGGCUCCAAUUAACUUAUUUUGUAUGAAUAGCUCCCUCAAUGUAUCCAAUACAGCAGUUAUGAAUCCCUAUAAAUGUAUUUUUCUUAAUGUUACUACCAGUAUUAGGCAGUAGACAUUCAAAAAUGUGUCUAUAAAAUUGAAUUGUCCCACAUCUGGUGAAUAUCUUGUAAAUAAGAAAGCAAAAUGAAUUCUUGUAAUUAUUAGUCUUUGACAAUGUAAAGUGAUGACCUGUUAUAAUAAUCAGUUAUUAGACACAAACCAAAUGUUUAGUUGGCAAUGGUUGAAGGCCUAACUACUAUUGCUGCUUUUGCCCGGUUUGUCUUGUGUGUAAUUAUUUUGUAGAAGCUGCCUUUGAAUUUAUACCUGUGUUUCAUUAAAAAAAUAUAUUUCUAACAAUUUUUCUUUCAUUAGAAAUUAUUUAAAAAUAAUUUCCUUUGGUUGUGUGUAUCUUAACAGUUGUUGCUUUAGACUUUUACAUUUUUUUUAUUGUGAUGUUAUACUGUAUAGAUCAUAUAUACUGUACAUGAAGAAUCACAUUGAUUUGGUAGUUUCAUUUAAUAUGUCAGUCAACUCUACCAAACAUUGAAAGUAGACUAUAUUCCUUUACACUGUAUUUCACUGUCUAAUGAUUAUAAUCUGAGCAUAUGCUUAUACUUAUAGUAUAUACUUAUGUUAUCUGAUAGUGUAAAUAAGUAUUGGCUCAAGGAUCAGAUGUUAUCAGGAAAAUGAUAUGUAUUUAAUAAGGAGAAGUUGUAAGGAUGGGUAACUCCCCCUUCACAAGAACCUCAGUGUAAGGUGACUGCUUGUUGAAUUGGAAAGCUGCUAUGUCAAAUUGUGUGAUACGAUCUGGAGACUGCUUGUCAAAUUGGAUAAGGUUUUGAGAAGAGCUAAGAUGUUUGGUGAAUAUUUCCAUAUCACUAAUGCCAUCCUAACUGGUGAUUGUGAGUACAUUAUCAAAGGCUGUUUAAAGGUGUGAUUUACAUAUUUGACAAUUGGUCAUGAACAAAGUAACUGAUUGAUAUUUGGCACAAAGAAAUAUGAACAUGAUUGCAAUUUUUAUAUCUCUAUUCCUAAAACUUGUGACUUCUUAUACUUGAGCAACUUCCCAGUCUCAAAUCAUGAUUGAACCUCCGGUUUUUUUCCUCCUCCUCAAACAAUGCUAUUACACCAUCUUAAAUAUAGGCCUAAUAUGUGAUAAUAAUAAUCUUUAUUGAAACUUUAUUUUUUGCAUUAUUUAGAAAACAAGACCAAUAGAAAAACAUAAUUAACACAAUAAAUUGUACAAUUAUGUAGACCUAAAACUUAAAAUGCAUUUAAAACUAGAACUUAAUUAAAACACAUUGUAUCAAAGCAGUUAAAAAAAUGGAAUGCUGUAGAAUAUAUGUCAGAUAAAAAUGUAUAAAAUGAUUCAAAAUAUGUUUAAAAUAGAAUCUAAAAAUAAUUUUCCAUUUCCUGUUCAAUACCAACAUGACAGUUGUUCAUCAUAAUGCAUAAAGAUUUAAACUUUAAAAGGGACAGUUCUACAUCAUAUAGGAUAUUAGCAUUAUUAACUAUCUGGAUGUGUUUAGUAUAUACAAUUUUACUGUAUUAAAAAACAUUAACAUAAAAUAACGUUCUUUAUUACUGUAUUGUCAUAGUUUUAAGGGAAGGUAUAUAUUUAUUUGUUCAUGAACAAGUUUUACAUAUUUGCAACACUAAGAACAUAUUCAUCAAAUAAGAACAUAACUCAUCAACAAAAACAGUCUUUACUCUUCAAAAAAAUUUUAAAAAUCAGAGUCAACCAAUGUUCAGCAAAAAUAUUAAUAUUUCUUUGUGCCACUGUGUUGAUAAAUCAUCAAAUGCUUCAUUUAUUCCGGAGUAAAAUAUCUUGAAUUUCCCAAUUAAUAUUUUUGUUUGUAAAAUACUAGACUAUGUGUUUGCAGAUAAAAGAGAUAUACAGUGUAAUAAGUUAACAGAAUGCCUCAGAUGUAAUGCAAGAUGAACCUUUUGGUUACAUGGUGAGUGUUUUGGUUUGUUUUCAUAAUAAAUGUAUAUUUCUCAUUUGAUUUAUAUUCAUUAUCUGGUUAGUAGUGCUCUAUCCACACUAUCAAAAAAAAAAAUAAAUAAAUAAAUAAAAUUUGAUAGUUUCUAGAGGGCUUAAGUAUACACAACAUACAUGUCCAUAGUAAACACACUCCGUGCACUUGCACAAUGUCCAGUGAAGAAGCCAGUGCACAUACAUAGGCCUAUCUCCAGCAAACUUGGUGCACAUAAUAUGCCCAGUUAAGUGUAGUACUGCUACACUGUAUAUUUAUUUAUUCUGCACCUAGCAGUGUGUGUAUGUAAGUAACAGCAGUCUUUGAGAGUAUCGUACUCUUUGAAUGCAUAAAAGAGGAUUUAGUCAGUUUAGAUAAUGUGUACUGUAUGUGCAUGGGGAAUAAGGUGAGUACCAAUACCAAUGGACCUUCCUCAAAGCCACGGCCCUUAGAUAUUGUCCCACAAAACAACUAAAAAUACUUUUGUUUUCAUUGUGUUAUUUAUUCAUUUUAGCACACUAUGUAUCGUAUUUAAAUCCCUGUUACUGAAAGUGUUUCAUUAAACACGGUAAGAUAAUACUCUGGUGCGGGAGCGGCGCUUAUUUGAGCAUUUACAGUACACUUGUAAUGUACACAAAUAUCAAGUACUGUGUUUUCAAAAGGAAUAAUGUGUAGGUGAGUACUUUUAUAUAUGUACAAUAAAUAGUGAACUCUGUUAUUAGGCCUAUAGCUAUUCAAAUUUUGUAUUUGUGGGACUACUAAAAAGUAACAAGGACCUUUGGAUAAAAAAAAUAACACGAUGUAUGCCAGCUGUAAGUGAGUAUUAUGUUCUUAUGGAUAUUACUUUGCUGUUUAGUUGAAAUCAAAAUUCUGCUUGAAUGAAGUAUUAUAUUUUGGAUAUUUAAAUCUGCAUGGUCAUUUAGAAUAGUAGUGAUCAGACAUUUUUAAGGUAAGUUAAUUAUUUUGUUGCAUAGAAAAUGUAUGACUGCAAGCAGUGAUUCAACUUGUCUGUUAUUCAAACCAAGAGGACCUUUGUAUUAUUUCUUCAUUUUUAGAAUCAAUUUUUUUUUUACUUUUUACCGUACUUAUUCGAAUGAACGCCCUGGGGCAUUUAUUGCUGAGAAAGGUGUUCGAGGAGGCGUCAAUUCGAGAGAGGUGUUUAUGUGUGUGUGGGUGUGUUUGUGUAAAAUGGAUACUUGCUCGUAUUAUCGCCCCUUAAUUUCACUGUAAAUGUGGAACAACACAUUAUUACCAAAUUAUUGUCAAAAUAUGUUAUCAUAGAGUUAUUGAUCCCAACCAGGUUAGAAAAAUGUAAUUCUACUUGAGUUUGAGAAUGAUGUUGCUUCUAUUAGAUUUGUUUAUGGUCAUUAAGGGAGGGAAUUAAUUGAAGGAAUAAAUACUGUAAAUGCCUCGGGGCAUUUAUUCGAGGGAGGAGUUAAUUCAAAAUGAGGCUUUAGAGGGUGCGUUUAUUCAAACGGGGCGUUUUUUCGAAUAAAUACGGAGUUCUUACUGCAAGGUUAAAGGUAUGUUAUAUAAUCUAAAAGCAUGCAACAUUAAACAUUCUUUUAUUUUCGGUAUAAAUGUUGAUUUUUGAUGAUUACGUUACUUUUUGAUGCGAUAAGAUUUCUUUAGCAUUGUGUAAGAGAAUUAACGAAUAUUGAUAUUAAUUGAUAAAUAUUUAUAUUAAUUAAUGAAUAUUGAUGUUAAUUAAUAUUUGUGACUGAAUUCUUUGUACAUCCGUUGUUUUGAAAAUAAAGUUGAAUACAAA